GAACCAAAAACUCUUCUUACAUGUGAAUCAUUUUGCUUCCAUUAAUUCUCUCUUCCUACACAAAUCCCAAUAUAUUGAUACCAAGAUCAAGGGUUUAAUACAUAUCUUCGAUUUCUUCUAAAUUUUUUAGCCAAAACCCAUCUUUGAUCUUAGCGUUUUCGAUCCUAAAGAUCCCUGUAUCACAUUCAAUAUGAUCUUUUCUUUGAAGCAAUCAUCCAAUGUAACUUCUAUUCCUGAAUGCAAUUACAAAAUUUUUGAUCACCGGAGAAAUUUUCCGGCGGGAUUCUUGGUUCUACCGCCUCUUUCUAAGCCCAAAUUGAACAAAUUGUCCGUCGUCUCGAGUGCAAAACCUUUACAUGUUUCUUCAAUUCAAUCUUUUGGGUCAUUUCAAAGAUUACCCACAAAGGUUGAGAAGGUUGUGAAGGCGUAUGAAGCUGAUCGAUCUGAAGGGGAAUCAGUCGUUGAAAAGGUUGAAGCAGCAAGGAGGGUUAAGAUCGGUGUUUAUUUUGCAACAUGGUGGUCUCUGAAUGUGAUUUUUAACAUUUAUAAUAAGAAGGUUUUGAAUGCUUUUCCAUACCCAUGGUUGACCUCAACUUUAUCUCUUGCUGCUGGAUCAGCUAUUAUGUUGGUCUCUUGGGCUACAAAAGUCGCUGAAGCACCCAAUACUGAUCUUGAUUUCUGGAAAUCUUUGUUCCCUGUUGCAUUAGCACAUACAAUUGGUCAUGUAGCAGCAACUGUUAGCAUGUCUAAGGUUGCUGUUUCUUUCACACAUAUAAUCAAGAGCGGUGAGCCGGCUUUUAGUGUGUUGGUCUCGAGGUUCGUCUUGGGAGAAAUGUUCCCCAUAUCGGUUUACUUGUCUCUUUUACCAAUCAUCGGUGGUUGUGGCCUUGCUGCCCUUACCGAACUCAAUUUCAACAUGACUGGUUUUAUGGGGGCCAUGAUCUCCAACUUGGCAUUCGUGUUUAGGAACAUAUUUUCCAAGAGAGGCAUGAAGGGGAAAUCCGUUAGUGGGAUGAACUAUUAUGCUUGUUUAUCUUUGCUAUCACUCUUGAUCCUUACACCAUUUGCGAUUGCCGUUGAGGGGCCAAAGAUGUGGGCUGCCGGAUGGCAAAAUGCCGUCUCUGAGAUUGGACCCAAUUUCAUUUGGUGGGUGGCCGCCCAAAGUGUCUUCUACCACUUAUACAAUCAAGUUUCGUAUAUGUCACUUGAUGAAAUCUCUCCGUUGACGUUUAGUAUUGGAAACACAAUGAAACGUAUAUCGGUCAUUGUAUCCUCUAUCAUCAUUUUCCAUACACCCAUCCAACCAAUCAACGCCCUUGGAGCUGCAAUCGCUAUCCUCGGAACUUUCUUGUAUUCUCAGGCGAAGCAGUGAAGAACGAAGAGCGAAAACGGAGAUGUGAAGUGUCGAUAUUUUGAUGUUAUUUUGCAUCCAUGAUUGCAUAAAGCAGCAAGAUGAGAUAGCAGCUGUUGACGUUGUAGAUAAUAAGAAUGGAUGAAGUAUUUUUACUUAGAUGGUAUAAAAUAGAAUUAGACUUUUUUGCCCCCAGGGUUGUGGGUGGUAGUGAACUGAGUUCUGUUUUUCCUUCAAAUAAACAUGGGGAAAUUGGGCAUUUUCAUAUUUUCUAAAAGACAACUUCUGCUUAGCUUAACCUUCAUAGAAUUGUGGUGUUUUCAUC